AUGGCCCAAGUGCCCGCCAGGCAGGCUUCUGCCGCGCAGGCACCCCCUAUCGUGGAGGAGCCGAUACCUUAUCAAGCCCUGUUGGUGCCCAAACAGACCAUUCUGACGAACAUCAAGGUCAUGGCCGUGGGGCAGCAGUCAAGCCGCAUCCUGGAGUUUGACGCCGUGUCUGGGUGCCAGCGUGCCGCGGUCGACUGCCGCUUCAUGCCCUCAGCCAUGGAGCUCACCCCCGACGGUGCCAGCCUGGUCCUCUUCGCCAAGACCAACGCCGUGGCGGUGUACUCGACGGACACCUGGGCGUGCGAGAGCUCCCACGCCCUCAAGUCCAAGAAAGCGGAGUGGAGCGCCGUGGCCAUUUGCGUGGCCCCUGGCCGUCCCCGGCCCCUCGUCUACUUCACCGUGGAGGGCGCGCCGGGGCUGCGCAUGCUGGACACGGGCAUCGCCAGCGGCGCCGCGGCCCGCGACGCGCGCGAGGGCCCGGCAGUGAAGCUCAAGUCCGAGAACCGGGCCGGCAUCCUCGCCCUGGCCGCCUACCCAGGAGACCCGCGCACGCUGCUGGCGCUGACGGACGACGGCUGCCUGGUGCUGGCGCGCGUGUCGGCAGCCGAGGGCACCUGGGCCCCCGGCUACUCGCUGGACCUGGGCCUGCCGGCCGCCGAGCAGCAGCCUCAGCCGCACGGCGGCGAGCGCGCAUCGCUGCACGCGGUCGCGCACCCGCUGCGCCGCGGCUGCGCGCUGGUGGCCGUGGCCACGCGGCGCGCCGUGCUGGCGGUGGAGGUGCUGGACGCGCGCGAGGCGCGGGUGGCCUUCCACCCGCGCAGCGGCGAGCUGGCGGCGCUGCCGCGCGCGGGGGAGAGCGCCGAGCCCCAGCCCCCCUCCCGCCUGCCCACGCUGCAGCUGCUGGACGCGGGCGACCCGGCGGGGUGCCUGGGCGUCCCCGCCCUCCUCCCCCUGCACUCCAGCCUCGGCUUCUGGACCCAGCGCGACGGCGACGGCGUGGUGUCGCGCCUGCGCUUCCCGCGCUACGCGCACCUCGUCGCGGGCGGGCGCCUGGCCGCCCACGACCUCACCCACGGCCUGCUGACCGAGGUGCUGGCUCCGCCGCGCGCCUCGGACCGCGGCCAGGCGCACGGGCUGAGGUCCGCGCUGCGAUCGCCGCGCCGCGGCCUCUGGGAAGAGGCCGCGCUGCUGGCCGCCUCGCGCGCCCAGUGGUUCCUCCCCGGCCGCGGCGCGGCAUGGCUGGGCGCCGGGCACGACCAGCUGGCCGUGCUGGCCGAAUCGGGGCGGCGCCUGCUGGUCUACGACGCCGCCAAGCUGGCGGGCGCGGCGCCGCCCAAGGCGCUGUUCAGCGUGGAGCUGGCCGACGCGGGCGCGCGCUUUGCCGUGGCGGCCGUGGUGUCCCUGCCGCGCGCCGCGGGCGUGCCCACCUCCGCGCUCUGGGUCGGUCCUGCGCUGCUCGUGGCCACCGCGGGCGGGCAGGUGUACCUGGCGCGCUGGGACGGCACCGCCCUGCUCCUGGCCACGCUGCUGGCAGGACCCCCCGCGAGCCUGCUGGGCGCGCUGGCCGACAGGCUGCUGCUCGCGCACGACGCGGGCGACGGUGGCGCGGGCGUGGCGCCGCGCGCGCUGCGCACGCCGGAGCUCCUGGUGCCGGGCGUGGGGCUCAUGCGCGGCGCGGUGUACUCGGCCAUGGCGGGCGACUGGGAGCCCCUGGUCGGCGCGCUGCUGGGCGAGUGGCAGGCCAGCGACUCGCACCCUGGCCCGGCCCCGCCGGGGUCAGCCCUGGCCCUGCAGCUUGCUGCGGCCGCCCGUGUGUGCCAGCUGUACGGGCGCUUUGGGGACGCGCGCCGCCUCUUCCAGGCGGCCGGGGCCUGGCCGGAGCUGCUGUCGCUCUGCGUCUUCCAGGGCGACUGGGCGGGCCUGCAGCAGAUCGCACGAGGGACCCCGAAGAACGUCCAGGGCUUUGCGGAGCAGCUGCUGGCGGUGAACGAGAACGCCUUCCGCGGCAUGGCGGGCAAGAGCCCGCACGGCGGCCGUGCCUGCCUGGCCGACUGGGGCGUCCGCCUGGAGGCCCGCGUGGAGGGAACGGCCGAAGACCCACGCACGGUGCUUGGGGAGGUUGCAGCCUCACGAGAUGAGGACCAGGAGGAGGAGGAUGGAGGGAGCGGCUCGGAGCGGUUUGCAGGCGACGACACUCAGCACGCCUGGCGCCCGGACGGCGAGGUCUCACAGGACACGCUGGAUGCCGAUGCCGACGUUGACGUGGCCCCGGCAGGGCGUCUGCCCUUCAUGGAGGCCACGCUCCUGCAGACAGAGUGCACGGAAGAAAGCGCGGGAGCGCGCACGGCCGGCAACGACGGCGCGGGCGCGCCCAUCCCGCCGCUGGAGGCCGGCGCGCUGGCCUCCUACGCGGGCCUGCCGGGCGCGGUGGCGCUGCGCCGUGCUUUCGGCGGCAGCGGUGCGUCCUCCGGCCUGGCGGCCGGCGGCGCGUCGGCCUCCCCGCGCCCGCCCUCGCCCAGCGCGAGCGAUGCGGCGGGCGGGUUUGAGGAGGAGGGCAGCCGGCACGGCGGCCGCGGCGCAGGCGCCGCCUCGAUCUCCCGCGCCUCUGACUGGGGCACGGAAAGCGCCACCAGCGGGGGGGCCGGAGGUGCGCCCACAGCAGGCGCGGGCCGAGUGCAGGACCCGCGGAACGGCGGCUCCGGCCAGCCGCCGAUGGCCGUGGACGAGGAUGACGACGACGAUUUUUUCGACUCGGACGACGACGAGGCCUUCCUCGCCGCCGCCCUGCCCGGCGGCGCGGCCGCUGCUGCGGCCGUUGCGGCGGCGGCAGCCCCCGCCAGGUGGGCGGGUGUGGCUGUGGGACGGGCUCACGCUUUCCCUCGGAUCAGCGGUUGCAAUGUUCAUGGGCGCGACGCACAAACAGCGACCAUUCGUUCCCUACGAGAUCUCCCUCUCUUCGCCAUACCCGCAUGCAGGGCCGCGGGCGCUGCAGGCACCGAGCCGGUCGACCUACUCGCAACCGGCAGCAGGACGCCGCCUUCGCUGGCCAGCACGCACUCGGGGAGCAAGAGGUUCAGCUUCAACAUCCGCGAGGGCGAGGGGAACGUGGCCGGCGCCGCGGCCGCCCCCUCCCUCAAGGCGGCUGUGCAGCGCUACCCCGCCAUCCAGCGCUCGGUAUCGGGCGCGUCGGAGGACCCCUUUGCCACGCUGGCGCGCGCACCCUCCGCCGCCAGCUCGGCGGCCGGUGGCCAGGGCGCCGCUUCGGACCCCUUUGGCCUCUUGGCCCUGGGGUCUGGUGUGGGUGGCAGCCAGGGCCAGGGCACGCCCAGCCCUGUGCAGGCGCCCAGUGCCGGAGGGUCCAGGCACCCCAGCGCCGGCCCAGGCCAGGCCAGCAACCUGCUGGCGGGGUGGGAGGACUUUGAGGCCAUGGUGGCGGGCGACAUGCUCACCCGUCUGGUGAUUGCCGACACGGAGGGGCCGGGAGCCAACGGAAUCCCCACCGACGAGGUGCAGGAGUUCCUCAACGACUGCGACCGCAGAGGCAAUGGGAACGCCACGGUGGCCGGGGGGGAGGACCUGACCACCUUCCGAUCCAUCCUGGCGAGCUGCGCCUCGAUUGCGGAGGUGGAUGACCUGGUGGCCAACGUUCUCCAGGGCUGA